UGUCAUGCGACAGAUAGCGACAGCAGAGCAGUCUACCAAAAUGGCGUCUGACAUACAAGUGCGUACGAAGCAGAUAUGUGUUAUUGAAUUUCUCACUGCCGAACAAAUUUCACCCAUUGACAUCCAUCGACGCUUGCUAAAGGUGUACGGAGACGAUACAGUGAAUGUCAGCACUUUGAGGCGGUGGUUAGUGUGUUUCAACAUUGGCGAAAGUGAAGUGCGCGACAAACCACGCCCCGGGCGUCCCUGCUCAGCUGCCACUCCUCGCAAUGAACAGCGCAUCGAUCAGCUCAUCCGUACAGAUCGGCGGAUAACGACCAGGGUGGGUCCCGAGGAUGCUUACACAGGACUACAAAACUCAUCGAAUGGAAGUUUGUCAGGACCUGUUGAGCCAGUGUGAGGCUGAAGGUGACAAGUUUCUGAACAGCGUCGUCACC